AAUCGAACUGUUCGCUCUCGCCUCUCGACAGGAAGUCGUCCCCGAUACGGCGCACAACUGGUUGAGAGUGGCCCGGAAAGGAUAGAACUUUCAUCUCCCGUCGAUCAGGGUCGAUUGGCAAUGCAAGACAGGUAGUUGUGCAGGAGAUGGUCACCGUUAGUAAACGUUAGGUCUGCCUAUCAACGUCGAAUGGAAGAAGUGACACACCAAACAGCCGCUUGUUGAAGCGCUUCUGCCAAGUGUUCUAGUUCUCCUUCAAUAAUCCUUCUGCUCGUUCAGUCUGUGACGUCUUUCUCUCGUUCUAAAUCUUUAGUCUAGGCGAAGUCGAGCACCUCGUCUUGACAUCUAACGGGGGCCGAUUUGUGCGUGCGUGUACGCCGACCUCCAACCCCAAUGCAUGCACGCACACAGAAGCACUCUCGACGAGAAAGACUUCGUAGUUUUUUUGCCUGCGUCGAGGCAAGAGAACAACUCUCUGAGCUGUGAGUUAUCUCAAUCUAUCCAGCCGUAGACGGGAACAAGACAGGUGUUGGGCACAAGUGUGUCUCCUUUGAAUAACGCUACACGACCAAGAGCUGUCCCGAUGGUCACCGACUGACUUGACGUUCACUGGCUGAACAUUAAUUUUCUCAGUGGCUGCAUCCUGCCAUCACGACACCACGUUUCGGUUUUGUUUCUUCUUCUGCGCUGCGUGUGCAGCGGUCGGUGGCCGGUCGGAGAGAGCGGCCUUCGACACUUUCGUCAAAUACAGCCAUCGUGAGCCGUAGGGUGAUACCUAACUGCCCACUGCGGGCGAGAUCCAGUGCUCAGCGAUUAGUGCCGCACGCAAGAGCAGAGAUAUCACGGGAAGUUUUCCAGAGCAGACGCUCAAGAUCAGUUGGGAAAGGCAUCCAUUAUAGUAAAAAUAUAGAUUAGUUGCCUCGGAAUCGGAUGUGGAAAGUUUCGAGACGAAGUGUCAUCUUGAGCUAGCUUGGUUACUAGUAGUAUUCGACACGAGAGAUAAGUGUGACCGUGGUGUCGACCGUGGUGGUGUCCAGAUGUGUGCGUGUCGACCUUCUAUGUCCUGUGUGAGCUGUGCUGCAAAGCUGCCGACCCCUCUACUAGCUCUACGUUCUUCUUUCUGUCACACACACACAGUGAGUAGUUCUGGGCGGUCACAGUAACGCGCGGGGGGUCAUUGGGCACUAGCCAACUGAACAGAUAGCUCGCGCACUUGCUGUACCUAACUGACAGUCCUACUUGCUGCAUUCUGCAGUCGUACACGCGCUUGAUCGCGCGGAGAUGUUACUUGGCCUGUUGUGGAGUGGAACGCUUGUGUUACUUUGAAGUGGAUCAGAGAGGUGCGGAGAAGGAAAGGUUCGACCGUCCUUCGUACCCUGUGAGUGGGUGCAGCAGAACUCUGCAGAAAACCACUGAGCAGAGAGUAUAGAGUAAGCAAUCGGCACUCAUCGCCUGGCGGAUUUCUGCAGGUCGUCGCUUAUGACCGCCGUAGAGAGAGAGAGAGAGACAGAGACUGAGAGAGAGAACCCCGAAUACACUACUAGUGCACUACUGUGCAGUCAUCGUUUUGGCAUUGUGUAUCCCCGGGUGACGGCUGGUAAGGAAUUCGUCUCCGCGCGUGGCUGAUGGCUGGUGGCGUCGACGGUGACAGCUGAGGAAAGCCUUCCAUCGGUGCUGGGUCUGGACUGACUGAAAGACGUUGAUGCAGUGGUGGUGGUGAUAGUAGUUGCCAUGGGACGCCGAUCACCGAACGUCAUGCCGGGGCGGCGGAGAAGCAACGUGCAGCUCUGCAUACGUGUACUAUUGCUGGACGACCAGUACCAAACAUUCUUUAUUGACAGCAAGUGUACUGGUCUAGACUUCUUCGCACUCGUCUGCAAUGAGUUGGAUCUACUGGAGAGAGAUUUCUUUGCCCUGCGCUUCCAGGACACUAACCAACAAUUGUUCUGGAUGGACCCAGUGGAGACAGUCAAAAAGCAGCUAAAGUCUUCACCGGAGGCUGACUGUUACCUGUGUGUCAAGUACUAUGUGGCUGAUCCAUGUUCACUACGAGAGGAGCUGACGCGGUAUUUCUUCUUCCUGCAAGUCAAACGUGAUAUCUUCCAGGGACGGAUCAUGGCAACGCGUUCCAUGGCGCCAACUCUCUUUGCCUGCCUCUUACAGUCUGAGCUUGGGGACUACAGCUCCGAUGACUUGCAUCCAGACUAUGUUCAUGAAUUUGAGUUUGUUGCUGGUCAGAGUCUAGACUUGGAAGCCGAGGCUGAGCAAGUGCACAGGACUCUAAGUGGCCUGGUGCCGUCCGACGCGGAGAAGAAGUUCUUGGACAAAGCAAAAUGGCUGCCUCUCUAUGGAGUGGAUCUUCACCCGGUCAAAGGUGCUGUGGGUACAGCGUUGCAGAUUGGAAUCAGUCAAGUGGGAAUUGCCGUCUUUCAGAACGCUACGCGUGUCAGCUUCUUCCACUGGCCGAAGAUCAACAAAGUGCAGUUCAAGAGAAAGUUCUUCAUCCUCCAGGUGGUGGUUAGUAGUGAGGAAACGAAAGUCAAUCAGCUUAAGUACAAGUUCUUGACCAGUUCAGAGCGCAGUGCAAAGGAGCUGUGGAAGUGCGCCGUGGAGCAGCAUUGCUUUUUCAGGCGCAUCGUGAUUGACCCGAACGACGACUUCAGUCGCGGGGGCGGCCUGCUCCGCUCCGGAUCAAAGUUCCGCUACACAGGCCGCACCGAGUUUCAAGUACGACAGUCGCUGAGAGCCGUCAACCGCGAGCAACCACACUUCACACGAAUUGACUCAAGACACUUUCGCCGAAGCCUUCCACCGGCAUUGCACCUUCCCACGGUUGGCCAUCACUGGCGCAGUCAUCGUGGACUUACUAUCAACGACAACCCGCACAGCAAGGCACUCAAGCUGAGCAGGAAGCAGUCCAGCGCGGAGAACCACCACCACGAGAGCCUAUUUCUGCGCCUGUCUCGUCCACUGAGAAGAUCCACAGGUCCAGAGACUCCCAACGCAUCAACGAACCGCAAGGCAUCCAACAAGAGCAAGUCAGAAUCGACCGGCCUGGGUCAAAGCGGCGGUCACGCCAGAGUGCAGAAGACGGUCUCCACUCCGUCGUUUUGGCUGAGAAAAGUGCGGAGAGCACGUACACCUGAUGAAUGCCCUCUGUCCCAGUCUUUGGGACCGCUGUACGCUUCACCGGUGAAGACACCUACAAAGGGAGGCAGCAUGAAGUCGACCGGAGAGCACUCCAACAACGACUGGGGAACGCCGAUGACGACGCGAUCCACUGAGUCCACGCAGCGCUUCACUAUGCCCUGGUGUGACGAGCCGGAGCCACUGCAAGCAUCGCCGCCUGCUCCACCGCAAGCCGGGCAGGAAUCCAAUUCUCGUCAGACCUCGCCGAAGAUCAGCGACCUAUACUGCACACAGCGCAAUGAGCUGAUGAAACGCCAGCAGCGGCAACAGGCGAAGGCGCCUCAGCAGUCACAAGGCCACACGCGUGCCAAGUCACUGGGCAGUGGCAUGACGGCAGCGCAGGACUUCACGGACGACUAUGCCGUACCGCGCCCUCAACCAGCCGCUCCACCACCACCGUCGUCAUCGCUGAAUGCAACCGGACACACUUCACCUGCACAUCACUACCAGCAACAACAGCACAAGAAACUGGCACGCUCGCCAAUAGCUGGCGGACAGCGGCAGUGCCUUGAGGUACUGCAGCCGCUUCCGCCGCGGCCGAAGAGUGCUGAAGGCGCUCACAGCAACACGAAUCACGGCAGUGGCCGAACCCGUCUCUUCAGCAGUGGUAGCGGUGUGCCAGGUGGAGGUGAAUGGCCGUGGAGGAACAGUGCCACGCCGACCCCCGGCGACCCUGCUUCUGCCGCUGAUUCUCCCGGUUUAGAACCAGAUUACUUACUGGAGGAGUCCGUGUCUGAUGAAGCACACAAGCGCUACAUGAAGAAGCUCUGGGACGACAUGGCGUACGCGGACAGCCCUCCCCCGAUCGACCUGAACGUCAAGCCGAGAGUGGUGACACGUCGCACCUCCGGCAGUGCCAUCAAGGCACGGCGUCUGGGGGCGCGCAGUGCCGUGCUCACGGGGACGGAAGCCGACAAGGUUGCCAGGACGGUCGGCAUUUCGUCACGCUACAGCUCUGGUGAUCCGGAGGGGACCGCGGCUGGUGGCGGUGGUGAAGCCUUCCCUGGUCUCAGUAGGCAGGCAGCGUCAUCAAGUGGUCUGUUUCAACCAGGAUGCUCUGACACACUGCCCGCUAUACCUAAACGCAACUCUGGUGCUGGUGAUAAGAGACGGGGGAUCAGCGCUCGAGACCGGAGAGCGUCCGUCCUCGGUGUACAGCUGUUUGCUAAGUCACCACCCAGACAGCAAUCGUCGGACGGCGAAGUGAAGAAAGCCGUCUUCAGUGCAAGCAGCGUCGAGGACGGCGAAGGUCACGUCACGGAUAGUCCACGCCAUCUCCAGCAUAAUCAGCAUCACACAGAGCGGCAGCAGCAGGAGGAUCACACACGCAAUGCCAGCACGGGCACUGACGGUGUGGAAACAGACGGUAACGACGUCGUCGAGUCCAGCGGCACGUUUGAGAUGCGAUCACCACUGCAGCAUCGCAUUACCGAUGUCGACAUUGCACAGGUCCGGCUACGGAAACACGCUGCCCUGACAAAGAAGCGCUCUCUCCCUCUCUACCUACACCGAAAGGAGCCGGGGGACGACGACGAUGAAGAUGACGACGACGAGGAGGAGGAGGAUGACGGAAACGAGAGCGACUUUGGCUACUUGCCUGGCGACGAGCCGCUGGGUAACAGUGGAAACAGUGGCAGUGGUGAUGUGGUGAUGAGCAGAAACAAUCGACACAGCGGCAAAAGAAACAACAAAGGUGAUCUUCACAAGACUGGCGGCGGCGCACCACACCCGGUCAUAGCACAGCUCAAGGACAUGGACUACAAGGUGGUGAACGGACGCAUCGCCAGCUUCGGCUCCGCCAUCUCCGACGACGUGUUUGCCGAGACCUCGCCCAACGCUACCUCUGGUAAGGGUACGGUCGGCUGCUCCGAGUUCACGGAGAUUUGCCCGGGCGUCGGCUCGGAUCAGCAGCAGGUACCCGCCGAGGACAGGUGGUUUGAAAGUCCCUAGAACCAGUGGAGCAGCACUCAUCUUGGGCAUACGGCCUCUGCGUGGCACGGUCAUCAUCAUCGUCAUCGUCGUCGUCGUUGAUGUCAUCAUGAAAAGCCACUUUUACGGGCAAAACAUGGAUCCAAUUGCAAUACAUGGAGCAGACUACGGAGCGAUGCAGUGAAGCUACGACGCCAUCAUCAUUAGAUAGCAGAGUGAUGUUUGAUUCAUGCCGUGACUUACCAGCACUGCCUGUCUGAACUGAGACGGUUUUUACUUCUAACCGCACUGUGCCGUCCUGCAGCGCCGAUGCCCACUACAUGUACCGUUAGACCGGGCUGUCAGAGGAGGUCUGAGUAUUGCGGCUAGAGGUCAGGCAAACCAGUCCACUGUGCGUCAUUCUCUUCGGACGAGUUUUCGCUUUCAUACUCGUCCGACAAAUUCUACGGGCCACUCUCUCUCUCUUUUAAUGGAUCUUUCCUUUCACUCGUCAUCUUUCCGCUUAUUCUCUCUCUGGUAUUCCAUGUUGAAGAGAGCUUUACAUAGCACACUCCAUUUUCUUACUCCUCACUCUGGUAUACACGUUGUGACUGUUUUCUCAGCCGCUGUCGCACAGAACAACGCCCUGGCAUGAUACACUGGCCGGUUAGAUACGUCCUGCUUGAGAUGAGAUCAUCAUGAGAUCAUCAUGGCAUCAUCAUGGUAUCAUCAUGAAAUCAUUGCAUCAGAAUGACAUCAUAAUGGUAUGGUAGCUGGGUGUCGACUCGGAAGUUAGCUGAGUGUGAUGUUCGUGCAUACUGUGACGAUGGUCACUGUCGGUGACCUUGAGUGAUGGAGCAGGUCCCGAUGGCAUGAGCUAUGAACUGCAUUACAGCACCCCGGGCCACCAUCAGUCGAUUGCGUUCGCACUUGAUCCUAUGAUUGACUCAUUCUCUGACUCAAGACACAAUGAUCAUACUUAUUGGACUAGCCUGAUCUAUAUCAUUAUAAAGUAUUUGGUGAUUAUUAUAGUUAGUUCGAAGUACUAUACUCGCAGAGUUUACUCGUUGGAAAGCUUCAACAUCCAUGGCGGUGGAUGUACCAAUAUACAACCCGCAACUGAUGUGAUCGUAUUGCUGUGCGGAAGCAGCCAGUGUAUUGUGAUAUCAAGUGAAACGGUGGCAGCUCAUCGUUGGAGCCAGUGUCACCGUCACGGA